UCUUUUUUUCCACACCCUUAAAAGUUGCUAUUUCUUACUUUAAUAAGUUCGCUCGUAUCUCACAAAUAGGUCGACAUUGGCCACUCUGUCGUUCAAUACUAUUUGAAAUGCAUUCUGCUCUAGCCCAGAACAGUUUCCGCCUUGAACGUAUAUAAUAUUUAAAGCAUGUCGAACCGGAAACUCCCUGCAAUACCCGUUAACGAGGCAUCGGAUGACUCCCUGCAUCAAAAUCUCGGGAAUCUGCAACAAUCACAAGGAAAGAAGCAGAAAAGAAGAAAUGGGUUGCGACGAAGGGGCCAUACAAAAUCCCGUAAGGGUUGCAAGGCAUGCAAAAUCCACCGUAUAAAAUGUGACGAGUUCAAACCCGUUUGUCGGAACUGCAUCAAGUUCAGGCGGGACUGCGAGUUCCCAGAUUCUUCAACCCUCGCGUUGGCGAUAAAUGCUUACGGAGAGGGGCAUCUCCCUGGAACGACAGACAAGGAGUGCAGCGUCUCCUCGUAUCCAGCAUUAGACAGCACCCAUGCCUUGACCUGGACUGCAAAUAUCGAAAAUGAUUGCAGCAUUUGGAGAUCGACAGGAAUAUCACCGUUCCCACAUCUCGCUUUGCCUGCAUCACCAGCCUGGCAUGGUUUUGCCCAGCCAGAUCUUCGCCACCUUCAUCAUAUGGGUCUAGUCUCUUCGACGCUUGAACUUAGCAAAACGAGCAUAUCUGCAAUGAUGGCGACACAUUUGCCAAAGUGUUUGAGGUUAUCGUUCUCUUUUGAUUUCGUGGCCUAUUCUCUGAUGGCGUUCUCGGCCUCACGGCUAGCUUGGAUGACAAAGUCGAUUGAAGCAGACAACAUUGCGUGUCUCUACCAGAAUAUGGCAUACAGAGGGCUUCGGCAGGCUAUUCACUCUUUCUCUCGAAAGAAUGCUGAUGCAGUGCUGGCAUCUUCAUUAUUUUUAUCGCUUCAGUGUCAUGAAUGGCGGAGCUGGGCUGCGGUUAUGGAGGGUAUCAAAUCCAUAGUCACUCUCAUGCAACCGUGGAAAGACGAGUCCGACUUUUCGGACUACCUCGACUCCGGUGCCCCAAUAAGACCCAGCCUUUGGACCGAGCUUACUCCACAGGAUGCUCAUCAUCUCAUUGGCCGUUCCCUAGUGUCUUUAGAGAACUUCAGGCCAUGUCUCAAUGGCAAGCCAGAGCCAGCUAGAGCCGUUCGAGAGCUUCUCAAAUUUCUUGAGAAUCUUCGGACUUGCCCUCCUGGGCCCGCCUCUUCAGACCAAUAUAGGGUUCUUCACCCUCUCAGGAGUUGGCUAUUUUGGCUUCCAUCUGCCGUUGUUGAUCUAUCCAACAAGGACGUGAUUGUAAUGAUCACUUUGGCGCACUUUUUUGCGGUUGCUUUGUCGGUGUCCCCAAUUUUCCCGAAAGUCGAACAAAGCUUUCUUGCAAGUGUUCGCGUGGCGGCAAUCACAAGCAUCCACGAGAACUUGCGAACGACGGGUCUCUUCUGGUGUCGUCCCUGCCGGGAGUUGCAUGACCCCCAGAGAAUGAUGGCUUAUCCGAUGGAGACAGUGGCCACGGUACGUCGCCGUGGAGCUCGAUCUUGCGAUCAGUCACAGGGAGCCAAAUCUACCAACCGUUGAUCUCCACUAACAUAUUAUCCUCGAUAUAAUUACUCAAAAAACCUCACUUAAACUUGGACUUCUUAAUAGCAAAGAAGACGUAA